AAAAUGUCAAGGCAAUGUGAUUAUAUCUGGAAGAUAUUGUUUGUCGGAAACAGUGGUGUAGGAAAAAGUAGCGUUAUGCUGCGAUUUAUCAAUGAAGAAUUUAAAGAAGAUGUCUCAGCAACCAUAGGAGUGGACUUUAAGCUGAAGUAUCUGAAGAUUGGGGAUGUGGUUCACAAACUAGCUUUGUGGGACACCGCAGGCCAAGAAAGAUUUAGAGGUUUGACUUCAAGUUACUACAAGGGGGCGAAUGGUGUAAUUGUCAUGUAUGAUGUAACCGACAGAAAAAGCUUCAACGAAAUGGACAGCUGGAUUCAAGAAGUAAAAAACAACUGUAGUUGCACUCCUAUUUUUUGUAUUGUUGGUAAUAAAAUCGACAAACGCAUAAACAACGAGUCAAACGUAAAUUCUGUUAGGAUCGAAGAAGGCAAACAACUUGCUAUGAAGCACAACUGCAUGUUUUUAGAAACUAGCGCCCGAACUAACGAAGGAAUUGAGUUUUUGUUCAAAGAGCUUGCAAACAAGCUUGUUUCUCUGCAGAUAAAGAAGCAAGAAAAAAAAACUAACUAUGUUCACUUGGAAAGUGAAGAAGAAAAAAAUUUUUCAUUGUGUCCAUGUUAA